CUGUCCAAGAUGAAGCCAUUCAAGCUUAAGCUUCCAGAAAUUUCUUUGUUUUUUGUGAUUCUAUGUUUCACACACGUGAUAGCAGAGCAAUGGAGAAAAACUUACAUAAUCCACAUUGAAUUUUGUCCAAGAUGAAGCCAUUCAAGCUUAAGCUUCCAGAAAUUUCUUUGUUUUUUGUGAUUCUAUGUUUCACACACGUGAUAGCAGAGCAAUGGAGAAAAACUUACAUAAUCCACAUGGACAAGACCAACAUACUGGAGAGCUUCACCGACCAUCUCCAAUGGUAUGAUUCAUUGUUGAAAUCUGUUUCGGACUCAGCAUCCAUGCUUUACAUUUACAGCAACGUAAUCCAUGGCUACUCCGCGAGGUUAACGGCUAAGGAAGCUGAAGCACUCGAAGAGCAGCCGGGAAUUCUCUCUGUAAUUCCUAAAUUGGCAAGUGAUGUGAUUGUUGGUGUGCUGGACUCUGGUGUUUGGCCGGAGCUAAAGAGUUUCAAUGACGAAGGGCUUGGGCCAGUACCAGAAAAGUGGAAAGGCGAGUGUGAGGUGGGAAAGACCUUCAAAUCGUCUAGUUGCAAUAAGAAACUGAUUGGUGCGAGGUAUUUUUCCAAAGGGUAUGAAGGAGCAGUCAAACCUAUUAACGAAACUGUAGAAUCAAAAUCGCCUAGAGAUGACUACGGACAUGGAACUCACACCUCAACAAUGGCGGCUGGGUUGGCUGUUUCCGAUGCUAGCUUAUUUGGUUUUGCUUCAAGGACAGCACGAGGGAUGGCUACAAAAGCUCGAGUCGCCAUUUACAAGGUGUGCUGGCUUAUCGAUUGUUUUGGGUCUGAUAUUUUAGCCGCCAUGGACAAGGCAGUCCAAGACGAUGUGGAUAUCAUGUCCUUGUCUCUCGGUGGACAAGUAUCAAAGUAUUACAAGGACAUCAUCGCUAUCGGAGCAUUCUCGGCGAUGACACAUGGAAUUCUUUUAUCUUGCUUAGAUGGAAAUGGAGACGGUAAAACAUAUUCGGGUGUCUCACUUUACAAUGGAAAGACAAUAUCGAAUUCCAUGGUGCCAAUUGUUUAUGCCGCCAACGUGAGUUCAAGCAACAACAGCCUUUGCUUCCCUAGAACCUUGAGUCCCGCUAAAGUUGUUGGAAAAAUCGUGGGGAAAAAAUUGGAGAUGCUAUCAAGAAAUACAUCUCUACUGAGACUAAUCCGACAGCCACAAUUGGCCUCAGAAGCACGAAGUUGGGGCGUUCAGCCAUCUUCGGUGGUGGCAGCAUUCAGUUCAAGAAGUCCAAAUCCUAUCACAUUGGAGAUACCUAAACCGGACAUUAUUGCCCCGGGCGUCAGUAUAUUGGCUGGGUGGACUGGUGCCGCUGCCCCGACAGGAUUGGAUGAAGACAAGAGGCGGGUAAACUUCAACAUCAUUUCAAGCACGUCAAUGUCUUGCCCACAUGUAAGUGGGAUAGCCGCUCUCCUCAAGGUUGCCCAUUCGGAUUGGAGUCCAGCAGCUAUUAGAUCCACCCUCAUGACCAUCGCCUACUCAGCAUGCAAAAAUGGCAAAACCAUCCAAGAUGUCUCGACUAGACAACCAACAACACUGUUCGAUUAUGGUGCAGGGCAUGUGGAUCCGAUAGAAGCCCUUGAUCCUGGCCUUGUUUAUGACACCACCGUUGAUGACUAUCUGGACUUCCUUUGUGCCUUGGGCUACUCAUCAACUCAUAUCAAGCGAGUCACAAAUAGACACUUCACCCGUGAUUCAAGCAAAAAUUACUCACUAGCAGAUUUCAAUUAUCCGUCCAUUUCAGUUCCUCUUCAAAGUGCUUCAGGAAAGAAGGGCGGUGCCAAUGUCACUAGCGCGUUGAAAUAUUCUAGAACUCUGACUAAUGUGGGUUCGCCUGGAACAUAUAAGGUUUCGAUGGUUUCACCACCAAAAACAGUGAAGAUCUCGGUUGAACCAGCAUCACUAUGUUUCAGUAGACUGAAAGAGAAGAAGAGCUACACCGUGACUUUCACUACUAGUUCCAUGCCAUCUCGAACAGCCCGCUUUGCUAGUCUGGCAUGGUCGGAUGGGAAACACACUGUAACUAGCCCGAUAGCCUUCACCUGGACAUGAUAGUGAUGGCAAUUGCAACAGAUGAUGACUCUCCAAAUACUGGACCGCCUCAGUGCCUGCAA